UGUAGGCGUGCGUGUAGGCAGCACGCAUCUACACAUCUGAGUGUGUGUAAAAAAUGACGAUAAAGGAACAUUAUUUAUUUUUUCUCCAGAACAUGUGAAAAGCGUCAGUCUUUCUCCUCCUCACUCGGGCCUGCAGACUGGGUUGAGGCAGCGAGCCCACUGCGCUCAGCCCGAAUCUCGCGAGAGCGGCCCCUCACGGCGGUGCCUGGGCGAUGCGAUGCUGUUGCUGUGGGUUUGAUUGACAGGAAACAUGUCGGUGUGGUGGGAACGAACCGGGAUGCAGCUGCUGCCAAGGGAGACAGGGAGUACCUGCAUCCAGUCCUCACAUCAGCACCUUUAAAACCACCGGGCUUUUCCUAACGACACGUCCGCUUGCUUGUCUUUUUUUUUUCUUUUUUUUUUUCAUCCAUUUGAAACGAAGGGGCACCCAAUGGAUGCUGUGGCAAACCGUGUAGUCCCGUUCGGUAUCUUCAUAUUGUGUUUGAUUUAGCCUACAACCAGAGACACCUUGAUGAAACAGCAGGAACUACGAGGUCUGUUGUUGCAAUGGAGUCGACUCUCUCACGGCUCAAAGCCCGUCUGUAAACCUACAACAUCUCAUUUCAUGGCGUUUUGCAGGUUGCUGUGUUCCGUGGGAUUCUCCACGUUUCUUUUUUGAAUUAUCAUUCUUCUUCUCAUUUUUUGUUGUUGUUCUUUUUUAUCUUUAUUAUUAUUAUUUUUUUUUCGAAAUCGCAACGAGAAAAUAACGACCACUGCUCGCUAAACUAUGAACGAGGAGAUGACAAAAAGCGAGGAGCAGCAUCUUAGUUUGCAGAAAGCCUUGCAGCAGUGCGAGUUGGUGCAAAAUAUGAUAGACAUAAGCAUUUCUAGUUUGGAGGGUUUACGGACCAAAUGUGCCACAUCCAACGACUUGACACAAAAAGAGAUACGAACGCUGGAGGGGAAGUUGGUGAAGUACUUCAGCCGCCAGCUGUCCUGUAAGUGCAAAGUGGCCUUAGAAGAGCGCAGUGGCGAGCUGGAGGACUUCCCUCGCCUUGGCCACUGGUUCCGGAUCGUCAACUUGAGGAAAGAGGUCAUACAGGAGAUGAGCCCAGGUGAGGUGACCCUGGAGGGCCUGCUGGAGAUGAGCGAGGAGCAGGUGUGUGAGCUGCUGCAGAAGUUUGGUGCCAGUGAAGAGGAGUGCGCCCGACUCAACGCCUCGCUCUCCUGUCUCAGAAAGGCCCACCAGCUCGAACAACUUGAGGAGGAUAAAUUGCACAGUAAUGGAGGGAGCCAGGCGAAGCAGGACUGGUCCAUCCAGUGGCCCACAUCUGAAUCUGGUAAAGAAAACACUCCAGUGUGCCAACCAGAGGCCAGUCAGUGGAUCCGGUUUCAGCUGUCCCAAAGCCCCAAAGUCCAGUCCAAGUACAACCAGCACAUGUGCCACAGCCCCCAAGCCCUGGCGCCCCCUUUAUAUGCUGAUCGACUGACCGUCGACAGCCCCGCCACAGGACUCUUCCCACCAUUAGACUCUGGUCAUCGCUCCCUGCCCCCAUCUCCCCGCCAGAGGCAUUUUGGCCACACACCUCCUCGGACUCCCUUGGUGGUCAACACUAUGACCCCACCUGGUACUCCCCCAAUGCGGCGACGGAACAAAGUGAAGGCCCCAGGAACGCCGCCUCCACCGAGCCGCAAACUUAUCCAUCUGCUGCCGGGUUUCACCGCACUGCACCGCAGCAAAUCCCAUGAGUUCCAGCUGGGGAACCGCUUGGAUGACACACAAACUCCAAAAGCCAAGAAGAAGACCAAGCCCUUGAACCUUAAGAUCCACAGCAGUGUGGGCAGCUGUGAGAAUCUGCCCACGCAGCGCUCACCCCUCCACACUGAACGAUCUCUGCGAUCCUUCUUCUUCCCAUCCUUCAUCCCCUCCACACCACCUGUUCAUGCUGAAACACCCUCUGCAAACACUCUCUCAGUGCCUCGCUGGUCCCCACAGAUUCCCCGAAGAGAUCUGGGAAACUCAAUAAAACACAGGUUUUCCACAAAGUACUGGAUGUCUCAGACAUGCAUAGUAUGUGGAAAGGGAAUGUUGUUUGGACUAAAAUGUAAAAACUGCAAGCUGAAGUGCCACAACAAAUGCACCAAAGAAGCCCCACCUUGCCAUUUACUGAUCAUACAGCGAGGCGGACGAGAAUCCCUCAAAGACCACCAAGGAACAACUCAAGUCGCUCGUUUGGUACGGACUGAAUCAGUGCCAUGUGACAUCAACAACCCUCUCAGGUACACAGACCUGCACAUCAGUCAGACGCUCCCCAAAACCAACAAAAUCAACAAGGAUCACAUCCCAGUCCCAUACCAGCCAGACUCCAGUAGUAAUCCCUCAUCCACCACAUCCUCCACCCCGUCCUCCCCGGCUCCUCCCCUGCCCAGCAGCGCCACGCCGCCCUCACCACUGCAUCCCUCCCCACAGUCUGCACGGCAACAGAAGCAGUUCAACCUGACAGCCUCCAGUUAUUUCAAAUACAAACAACAGUUCAUCUUCCCAGAUGUUGCUCCAGAAGCUCCUCCAAGCAGAGCACCACAGGUCAUCCUGCACCCUGUACUGUCUGAACCAGGAAAUGAGGGCAACCCUUUACUUCAAAUCGAAGUUGAACCUACAUCAGAUAAUGAGGAAGGCAAUGAUGAGGACUCCGGGGACGAGUUUGAGGAGAUGAAUCUCUCGCUGCUGUCGGCUCGCAACUUCCCACGCAAGGCCAGCCAGACCAGCAUCUUUCUGCAGGAGUGGGACAUCCCAUUUGAGCAGCUGGAGAUAGGGGAGAUGAUCGGUAAGGGACGCUUCGGCAAAGUUUUCCACGGGCGCUGGCACGGCGAGGUGGCCAUCCGCUUGAUCGACAUCGAGCGUGACAAUGAAGAUCAGCUCAAGGCCUUCAAGCGUGAAGUGAUGGCCUACCGCAACACUCGCCACGAGAAUGUGGUGCUGUUCAUGGGGGCCUGCAUGAGCCCACCUCAUCUUGCUAUUAUCACCAGCUUGUGUAAAGGCCGCACGCUUUAUUCUGUUGUGCGGGAUGCCAAGGUUGUUCUGGAUGUUAACAAGACCAGACAGAUCGCACAAGAGAUGGUCAAGGGAAUGGGCUACCUCCAUGCCAAGGGGAUCUUACACAAAGACAUGAAGUCCAAGAACGUGUUUUAUGACAACGGCAAAGUUGUCAUUACUGACUUUGGACUCUUCACCAUAUCUGGGGUUUUGCAGGCUGGCAGCCGGAGAGAAGACAAGCUGAGGAUUCCCAAUGGCUGGCUUUGUCACCUGGCCCCAGAAAUCAUCCAGCAGCUCUCCCCGGACACAGAGGAGGACAAGCUUCCCUUCUCCAAACAGUCAGAUGUCUUUGCUUUUGGCACCAUCUGGUACGAGCUACAUGCACGUGAGUGGCCUUAUAAGAGUCAGCCAGCAGAGGUGAUCAUAUGGCAGAUUGGCAGCGGGAUGAAACCCAACCUUGCCCAAACAGGCAUGGGGAAAGAGAUAUCAGACAUUCUGCUUCUGUGCUGGGCUUACAAGCAGGAAGAGCGGCCCAGUUUCUCCAAGCUGGUAGAUUUACUGGAAAAGUUGCCGAAACGGAACCGUCGCCUUUCCCACCCAGGGCACUUCUGGAAGUCAGCUGAGUAUGUCAAAUGAGUUAGGGACACAAAACAGCAAACAAUCAUCUACUAUUUAAAAAAAAAACAAAAACAAAAAAAAAAAACAGCCGCCAUAACUGUACAUAAAUAACCCACCUCCUUAAAGAAUGCACUGAAUCCAAAAGCCAGCCCAGUGAUGAAAACUGCCCAUGUGUGUACUUUCAUGGAAUGUUGGCAUGUGUGUGUACAGAUUGACUGUCCAGCAACUCAGAGCAGUUGGGACUCAUAUUUACUUUGGUUUGUUUUAAACCAUACAAGAUUUUCUUUCUUUUUUUUUUGUCUUUAACUACUGACUUGAUCCCUUCAUAAUAAUUGAUUUAUUUCCUGGAUGUAUCUUGCUUGUAUCUUUCAACUGAUCAUAUCAUUCUGGACUUAAAAAAAAAACACGUUUCAGUAUAAAUGUGGUUUUUACCUCAUGUCUUCUUCUUUUUUUUUGAAUGAAUGUAACUGUUAUACAUCAAGCAUUGUAUAUUUUCACAACAUUGUCUUGCCAUUUCUUAUGUCUGUCAACUGUGUAGACCAUUUUGUCAGUGUUACCUCAUGGUUUCUCAUGUGUCUGUACGGGUUACAUGUUUGUCUGAAAAGCUUUAUUUAACGUGAAAAUGUCCUCUUAUUUACGCCGUACCAUUUGAAUGUGAAGAAGCCAGCGCCCCUGUUUGUGUGGGGAUGAGUUGGCACAGUUCUUUGAUGGGAGAAUGUUCUCUGAUCAGCCUGUGCUUUGAAUAUUGCCUCUGAACAUAAGUGAGAUGUCUGAACAAUAAUUUUGGAAAGAAACAGGCUGCUGGGCAGACCAUGACUCCCUCAUUUGACACUGUUCUGUGAAAUCACUGACACUUGAAAUGUAUCUUGCUGUUUUAGAGCUAAUUACCCUUCAGAAAUGCUACCGCUGAGCCCCACCCCCAUCCCCACACCCUACCACUCAUUUCUUUGAUAUACAUGUGUAUUAUUUUACUUUUACUAGCUAAUGAUAGAUACGCAAUAUAAUAGAUACAGAUACAACUCUAAAGCUCGCUACUGUA